AUGGUAAAAAGUGGCGCACUGCAACAAGCACCAGGCAAAGAGUACAGUUGCACCCACAUCCUGCUCACUCCGUCACCAAUUCCAAAUUCACAAGAAGCUGCCACCAAUGCUGCAAGUUUGCAACUUUUAGCAGAAUCCAAGACUUUCUGGGCCGACAUUGAAGCUCUCAAGGAGUUCAAGAACUCACUCAACCCCGAUUCAGUGAGUCCCGGCUCGUGCGUCAGCUCCUGGGACCUCACCCUCGACCUCAGCACCGCCAUCUCCACCUACCUCUGCGACGCCGUCUUCUCCGCGUCCGACCCUUCACCCUCAAGUACCAGCUCCCCAUCGCCGACAAACGCGUCAACAACCACCCACGUUGGCUGGCGCUGCAAAUCGGACGGCGACGGCAUCUCCCUCGUCGACGCUCGCAAAAUCUGCCUCGACUGCAUCAGGAAACUCGCUGACAACUGCACCGGGCUUCAAGGGUUCUUGGUCUUCAAUGCCGUCGGUGGCGGUACCGGAUCGGGUCUCGGAUCAUUGCUUCUGGAGCGGCUUUCGGUUGACUACGGAAAGAAAUCCAAGCUGGGAUUCACUGUGUACCCUUCUCCUCAGGUUUCUACAUCUGUUGUGGAGCCUUACAACAGUGUUCUCUCCACCCAUUCUCUGCUGGAGCACACCGACGUGUCUGUGUUGCUCGACAAUGAGGCCAUCUACGACAUCUGCCGCAGGUCCCUCGACAUCGAGCGUCCUACCUACACCAAUCUGAAUCGCCUAGUCUCUCAGGUCAUUUCUUCGUUGACAGCGUCGUUGAGGUUCGACGGAGCUCUGAAUGUGGAUGUGACCGAGUUCCAGACUAACUUGGUUCCAUACCCCAGGAUCCAUUUUAUGCUUUCCUCGUAUGCUCCGGUGAUCUCUGCUGAGAAGGCGUACCACGAGCAGCUCUCGGUGGCUGAGAUCACCAACAGUGCAUUUGAGCCUGCUUCCAUGAUGGCCAAGUGUGAUCCUCGCCAUGGCAAGUACAUGGCCUGCUGCUUGAUGUACCGUGGUGAUGUCGUUCCCAAGGAUGUGAAUGCCGCUAUGGCCACCAUCAAGACCAAGAGAACAAUCCAGUUUGUGGAUUGGUGCCCUACUGGGUUCAAGUGCGGUAUCAAUUACCAGGACAUCAACUGUUGAGACAGGUUUCUGAUA